UACGGUAUUGACCAUGAAGCUGGAAUUACCGAAGAACAGUUCAACGAACUUUCUCCGUCACUGGUGCAACAAAUCUUGAGUGGAGCAUGCGAAAUUACAACCACUGAGCCAUCGGAAAUCUCCAAAGCAAAAAUGUGGGGAUAUGGCACUCUAGCAGUUUUCAUCAUCAGCCUGUUUGCGGUGCUCGGCGGGUUGUUCGUCCCGUGUAUGUCAGAGGGUUUUUAUGACAAGACCAUACAAACAAUGAUAGCUUUAGCCGUGGCUACUCUGACUGGUGAUGCUGUCUUACAUCUUUUACCACAGGCUGUGGGUCUCCACACCCACGACAGCAGCGAUCACAGCGCUCAUACGCCUACGAGCCCGGAGAUGGCGUAUAUCUGGAAGUGUCUUGUCGUCGAGAUGGCCAUCUACGUCUUUUUCGUCUUCGAGCAGCUGACGAGUUUCACGAAGUGUGGUCACUCCCAUCUCAGCCAUACACAAUCCGCGGAUGUGGAGAUGGCAGCUAAGGGCCAACGAGGGCGUGCUUUGUCGGGACAAGGAUCAUUUGCUACUGGCAAAAAUGGAGUAUCUCACUCAGAAUCGAAGAUGGAACUAACAGCUAAUGAGGCAAAGGCAUUUGAAACUGAAACACCUCUCCCGACCGAAGAUACUGAUUGCUGUGUAAGGGGUUGCAAUCCGGUAGCAAUGAUGAUACUCCUGGGCGACUCGUUGCAUAACUUCGGUGACGGUCUAGCGAUAGGGGCAGCAUUCUCCCUGAGCAUCGCUGCCGGACUCUCAACUAGUAUAGCUGUCCUCUGCCACGAGAUCCCGCACGAACUAGGUGAUCUGGCCGUACUCAUGAAGCAGGGCAUGCGACUCCGAACGGCACUCCUGUUGAAUAUGAUUUGCGCUUGUUCGGCAUUCAUCGGCUUGUGGAUCGGGAUCCCGCUGGGACAGACCGAGACCGCUCGGGAAUGGAUCUUCGCUGCUGUUGCUGGCAUGUUCUUCUACGUUGGACUCGUUGACAUGCUUCCGAUGUUACACCAAUACGACGGGAAAAGCAACAAGGUCACCGUGGCUAUUCUGCAGAAUAUUGGAUUCUUGGCGGGAAUUGGGAUUAUUCUGUUAAUAGCGCUGUAUGAGGACGCUAUUACAGUAUCUAUAUAGGGAAAUGUGAGGGUGAAGAGAUACAAAUGGGACAUAUAACAUAAUGCAGAGGCGGCCCUCCCGGGGGGC